AUGGGUACAGUAAAUAUAGAACUUAUACAUUUUGAAAAGAAUGUUUCUUUAAGUUAGAGCACAUUUUUCAAGACAUUCUCUGAAAUGCAAUAGAAGUAUUUAAAAUAUAUGAUGAUAUAAAAAGGGCUGCAAUAACGAAUCAAGUAGCUCGAAUUCCAUCACCAAAGGAAAGAUUGUAGGUUUCACUAUCUCACAACAAAAAAUAGAGUGAAACAAUAAUAAAUUAAAGUAGAGAAAGAUUAGAAAUAGCAAUGAUUGAAGCUCUUUCUUUGACAUAGAAGAAUAGAAAUAAGAAUUAUUAGAAAUUAAAAAGGCGGCGAGAUUAAGGUCAUAAGAAAGCAAUGGAAUUAAAACCAUAAUAAAAAGGUAUAGGAUAGCAAUUAAAGAGAAAGUUUUUUAGUUGCCUUAAUUAGACAGUCCUUUAGAGAAUAGUAUAGACAGUCCUGCUUAGUUAAGUUUUUAUUUUGAGUCUCAACGUGUAAUACGUGAUAUAAAGACAUUUAAACCAUCAUUUACAGAAUAGGCAGCAUUUGGAUUAUUGAAUGAUUAGCUAUAUUUAUAUGGAGGCAUUGGAGGAGAUGGUGUUAGAAAUUAAAUGUUGAAAUAUGAUAUAAGUAUAUAAGUGAGUAUUAUUUAAGAAUUUUAAGUAUGGCAAAUAGUAUAAGGAAACGGAGAACAUCCAAAGUAAGGUAGAGCAGGUUUGUCAAUCGUAUAAUACAAAAAUAAAUUUGUGUAUUUUGGAGGUUGUGGAUAAUUCAAUCCAAAAUUAAAGAUAAGAGAAUGUUCUAAUUCAGUAUUUGAAUAUACAGUAAGUAAUUCAUAUUGGGAGAAAUUACAUCCCUAAGGAGAUUUUGUGGAACCGAGGAGAUAACAUAGAGCAUGUUUAAUAGGAUCGAAAUGGAUGAUGAUUUACGGUGGAAUUAAUCAAAAUGAAGAAGUACUCUCUGAUACUUGUGUAUUGAAUAUAGAAAAAUAAUAUUGGAAACUAUAUAAAGUAAAAGCUACACCAAUAUGUUGUCAUGCUCUAGUUAAUAUAUCAUCAUAAGGUAAAUUUUAAGAUAUUAUUCAAAAUGAAUUAAUGCCUUAAGAUAUUGUUUAUUCAUUUGGAGGAAAGGAUGCUGAAGGCAAUUCAGUAAACACAAUUAAAAAAUUGAAUUAUUGUUCUUUUAAUAAUAUUCCACUUUCUUGGGAUGUUAUUGAAUGUAAAGGUAUAGCUCCUCCUCCUAUGCAUAAUCAUACUGUUGAGUAUUUAAGAAAAGUUUAAGGUAUAGCAAUAAUUGGUGGACUUAGAGAUUUUAUAUUGAAUGGAACUUUAGAAUCAGAUCAAUAUUUCAUAUUUUAUCCUCAUUUAAAUCUUUGGUAAGAAGUAAUAGCUGAAGGUUAAAGAAUUCCAAGAUGUGCACAUUCUACUGUUUUACUUAGCUCUAAAAUUGCAGUCUUUGGAGGAAUUGGUAAUGAACGCUAUUUAGAACCAGAUGUGGGAUUCAUUGAAACUGAUUAGAUGCAAGUUUUUAAUAAAGUCACUAAAGAUAAAAUUAAUCACAAUACUAAUAUACUUUCUAAUAUUGAAGAACCUAACAAACUUGAAAAUUCAUUUAGAAAAAGGAAGUCUCUCUUCCAAGAUGAAUCAGAAAUCUCUGAUACAUAAAAACCUUUCAGAAUCACACUUCGUAAGACCACUUAAGCUAGAAGAUCAUACUUGCCAAAUCCGCAUCGUAAAUAAGUACUCAUUAGAUAUGAUAUUUUGAUUGGAUUCAUCAACAAAGUCAUACGUGACAAUCUUCAUAUACUCUUGAAUUUUGAUAAAUAUCUAGAAAGAUAAAUUAUAUGA